UCCUCCUCCCGCGAAAAUGGCAGCGUCCCUGUAUCAUCCCUUGAGCAAUCUUAACCUCAAACACAUCCAAACAAAAUCCAGAAGAGGUUCUCGAACUCGAAAACUCUUUAGGAGUUCGUUAUGUUGUAAGAAAGUCAGUGAAGAGCGGCGAAUCAUGAUUAAGAAUGGAAACGAUUUCUUAGAUAUAUGCCGGGUCGUGAAUGGAAUGUGGCAGACGAGUGGCGGUUGGGGCAGAAUCGAUAGAGACAAUGCCGUCGAUGCUAUGCUUCGAUAUGCUGAUGCCGGCCUCACCACUUUUGACAUGGCUGAUAUCUAUGGCCCUGCAGAAGAUCUCUAUGGUAUUUUCAUCAACCGAGUUCGUCGAGAGCGCCCAUCAGAGUUAUUAGAACAGGUUAGAGGUCUUACAAAAUGGGUGCCACCUCCAGUUAAGAUGACAAGUAGCUUUGUCCGGGAUAGCAUCGAUGUUUCACGGAGAAGAAUGGAUGUUGAUUCCUUGGACAUGCUUCAGUUUCACUGGUGGGAUUACUCCAACCCAGCUUAUCUUGAUGCACUUAAACACCUUACUGAUCUGAAAGAAGAAGGUAAAAUCAAGACAGUGGCUUUGACAAACUUUGACACUGAAAGGUUACAAAUAAUCGUGGAAAAUGGGAUUCCAGUUGUCAGCAAUCAGGUGCAACAUUCUAUUAUUGACAUGCGUCCUCAACAGAGAAUGUCUGAAUUUUGUCAACUCACAGGAGUUAAACUCAUAACGUAUGGCACAGUCUUGGGUGGUCUCUUGUCUGAGAAGUUCCUUGAUACCAACUUAAGCAUUCCUUUUGCUGGGCCUCCAUUAAAUACUCCCUCACUCCAGAAAUACAAAAGGAUGGUUGAUGCCUGGGGAGGGUGGAGUCUCUUUCAAGUUCUGCUUCAAACACUAAAGAAGGUAGCCUCUAAACAUGGGGUCUCAAUUCCAACUGUUGCUGUUAGAUACAUUCUAGAUCAGCCAUCAGUGGCAGGAUCAAUGAUAGGUGUUAGGCUUGGUCUCUCUGAACAUAUCCAAGAUGCAAAUACUGUGUUGUCACUUAUUCUUGAUGAGGAUGAUGUAAACAGCAUCCAAGAAGUAUCAAAGAAAGGGAAAGAUCUGUUAAGCAUAAUUGGUGACUGCGGGGAUGAAUAUAGGCGUGCAUGAGCACUGUAAUUUUGGGCACUUUUUUGUCCCCUAUGAAAAUGGGAUUUUGCAUC